UAAAAUCAGCGAUAAAAUCGACAAAUCAACAAGCGUAGGCGAUGGCUGAGACAAAGACAGUCCAUCGCAAGUGGUUCGAUCGAGAGGUAUGCAUCUGAAAUUUGUUCUGCUAUUGGCCUGUCUUAGCCAGGCUAAAACCAGCGAACAGGUGCGCUAUGACAACUACAAGCUGUACACAGUCCAAAUCAAUGAUGUCAAAGACCAGCAACUGCUCAGUGACAAUGAGAAAGUUCUGAAGCUCAAUAGUUGGAGCGCCGCGCGUCGUAUUGGCGAUUCAUCGGACAUUAUGUUGCCGCCCCAAAGCCAGGAGGCAUUUGAGGCUCUACUCAACAGCCACAACUUGAAUUACAGCAUCAAGAUCGAUAACGUACAGCGGCUGAUCGAUGAACAGCGUCCCAAACAACGACUGAGCUCGAUGGAGUGGACUCAGUAUCACACCCUGGACGAGAUCUACGCCUGGCUAGAUCUGAUUGAGGCGCGCUAUCCUCACGUAGUCACACCCUUCACCAUUGGUGACUCCUAUGAGGGUCGUCCGAUACGUGGCAUCAAGAUCUCCUACAAACCGGGCAACAGCGCCGUCUUUAUCGAAUCGAAUAUUCACGGCAAUGAAUGGAUCACCUCUGCUACCAUCACGUACUUCAUUGAUGAGCUGCUCGUGCCGCGGAAUCCGGCUGUGAGAGAUAUAGCACAUAAUGUGGACUGGUACAUUAUACCCGUGCUUAAUGUGGAUGGGUUUUCCUACUCACAUGAAGUGGAGCGUUUGUGGCGCAAAUCGCGAUUCAACUCGGAUCCUACAGGAGAAUGCGUUGGAACUGAUUUGAAUCGCAAUUUUAACUAUCGCUGGAUGGAGGCUGGCGCAUCGGCUGAUCCUUGCGAGCAAACUUAUGCCGGUCCCUAUCCGGAGUCUGAUCCGGAGAUUAGGCAACUGACGAGCUAUAUUAACAACUCCAUACCCGAGGGUACCAUUAAGAUCUAUAUUUCCCUGCAUUCGUAUAGUCAGCUUCUGCUCUCGCCUUGGGGUCAUACUGCAUUGGAGUUUCCCGAGCACUAUCCACAGAUGAUGGGCGUGGCUAAAGGUUUUGCCGAUGCAGUGGUCAGGCGUUAUGGCACCGAAUAUAACUAUGGAUCCAGUGCUACAACUCUAUAUGAAGUUUCUGGCUCGGGCAAGGACUGGGCCUAUGGUGUGAAGAACAUAACCAUACCCUUUACUUUAGAGCUACGCGAUAGGGGCGAGUACGGAUUCUUGCUGCCGCCCGAGUAUAUAUUACCUGUGGCCCGUGAGACCACGGAGGGAUUCGUGGGCCUGAUACAGGCUGCCCGUGGAAUUAAUGUCUUGUGAGCAGCUUAGCACUCAAUAAAGAA